ACGCAUCUACACGUAUAAAUAUGUAAAUAUCAUAAAUAUGUUCAAUAGUUUGAAUAGGAUUGACAAUACUGAACUAAAUAGAAAAAAAUAGUGCAACAACACACACUGAAUUACGUCACGCACCCGAUAUGAAAUUCAGGCGUCAGUGUAUGGAAAAAUAUUGACGUUUCCGGUACCAGUGUAACUUAACGGGGAGUAGAACGAGUAUGUAAUAAGUAAUAAUAUAAUAUAUGUCACUGUCAAGCUGCAGCUAGACACUUGAUAUUUCUUAUUUACUUUAUGCAAAGCAUGUACAAUUACUAUCAUGGAAAUACAAAAGGAUACAGUUAUUUUGUUGUGCGUCUUUAAGAAAAUGGAUACUCGUACCAUAAUCUAUAUAGUCUGUUUUGAGUCCUACCCUAAAGUUCAAAUCUCCAGUAACUAUAGUAAUACCUUACAGAUGAAAAAAUCACAUUUAUCAGACUGUAAUAUUUCAAACAGAAUACAAUUAAAACAGCUAUACGCUGCACAGUUUACACCCCGUAAGUGUACACCGCAGAAAUACAAAUCAGUUUCAAAGGAAAAGUAUUCUUUGUCCAGAUUAAGCCACACAAUAGUAUCAAAAUGAUUCCUAUUAUAGAAGUUCAAUUCAAUUCAUUUUCGAUUUAUUGCAUAAAGCAUGUAAAUACAAUGCCUUAAGCAAGUACAAACAUAAUAUAAUAUAUAACAAUACCAUAUAACAUGGACAGGAUUAGGCUUAGUGUAAGUCUCUACACGCUGGUGCACGUCACAAUUUUACGAAUAUAAUGGACUGAAAAUACAAUUAAACCUAUAACUUGGUUGUUAACAUUACUGGACGUUUCAUCUGUCUUUAUAAGAAAAUCACCACGAUUUCAAAAAGGAGUUAAAAUAUGUUAACUUUAUUUUCCCGCAAGAAGAGUGUUAAAGAAAAACUGUGGUUUUGUUUAAUAAUCUUAGUGAUGGCUGUCUUGGUAGUUAUGAUAUCAAAACGGAUUUGUGUGGCAAAUGAAACUUCGCAGUGGGAAAAUAUAAAUUAUAAAAACAUGAUGGAAUCAGUACAAUUGGAAAAUAUAAAUUAUUUAGACAUAAUGUCAAAACUGAAUAGGGAUAAGGUGGCUUUUAACGAUAGAACGUUGGUAUCUAUCCUGCAGAAGUAUUAUGUACAACCUCCGUCUAUGCUACCGUACAACCUUACUUAUCCUGAAAUACAGAAUCCGUCACCCGGGCAAACACAGUUUAUAGACGAGUAUUUGAAACAAAAGCGAAAUGGAUUUUAUAUCGACUGUGGAGCUUUCGAUGGAGAACAUUUAUCGAACAGUUUGUUUCUUGAACGGUACCGCAACUGGACUGGGAUUAUUAUUGAACCUAACCCUACAACAUACGGUUUACUGCGACAGAAACACAGAAAAGCAUAUUCUCUCAAUGCUUGCCUUUCUACAAAUAAAUAUCCUUCACUUGAAACAUUUACCACCGGGAAGAAGGCUGUUCUAGGAAAGGUUGUAGACGAUCGAUAUAAAAAGAAAAACAGUGCAGAAAAACUAAUCCAUGUGCAAUGUUUCCCCCUUUAUACAAUAUUGCUAGCAAUGGGCCAGAUGGAUAUAGAUUAUUUCAGCCUGGAUGUUGAAGGUGCAGAGCGUGGUGUACUUGAUUCACUACCAUGGGACAAGCUCAAUAUUAAAAUGUUCUCAAUAGAGCACAACAAAUGGGAUGGAGGAAAACCGGAUUUGAAACGUUACAUGGAAACAAAAGGAUACGAUUUUGUGAAAGAAAUUGUAGGAGUAAACACUGCUCCUGAUUUCAUAUUUGAGAAAAGGAAACUCUAGUGUUUAACAAAAACUGUUUUAAUUUGGAUGGAUUAUAGCUCCGCGCUUCUGUUAUAAUGUCUGUAAGUUUCUUCGAAGUAACUUAAAGCUUUCAAAAGUUUUGUGGGAACUCAAACAUGGCGAUAGUUUUAAGUAUUAUUGUUCCUUCUGAUGAGAAGGAACACUUAUGGUGAACAUGUAACACUUGACUGAGCAGGUAAUGGAUACAAGGGUAUCAUCAAAGGCAUCCGAAUUCCAGUAGGCGCCGCCAUUUUGUACUCAUGCAUAUUCAUUACAAAUAGCCUCUUUGCCAAUGUGUUUUUACGCAUCUUUAAGUCAAUCUUUAGUGAAAUACAACUACGUUAUAAACAGACCUACAAAAACAAUAAUUUAGUUUAAACUAUAUAACUCCUAAAUCUUACAUGCCAUAUUGUAGAAUCGAGAUUAACUAAAUGAAUAUUCAUCAUCUAAAAAUAGACUCCCGCCCAUAAAUAUCGUCUACUAGUCUAUUAUUCUUCUCGGUUGCAUUCUUUGCUGUUUCCAGGGGUUCUUUUUACGAUUUUAUUUCAUACCAACUUUAUUAUUUUAACAUUUUAAGUAUAACCAUCAAAACAUACUGUACUAAUAAAGUUAUUCGAGAUUUUUUACUUGUCUGUGAAUGCUAUUGCACGAUACGUACCGUCACCGGAUUACAACAUUUCAAUUACUUCCCUUGUUUUUAUCUAGAACUGUAAUAAUGCAUUUCUUCACUUUACUGAGCUAUAAAUAUUUCGAACUUUGUAAUUCCAUACCUUUUGACUGUUUUGUAAUUUUCAAGUUGUGAACUUUUUGUACGCACCUUUUUCAAAUCCAUCAGUUUGUUGGUGCCGACUUAUAUAAAAGCCCUUUUUCUCCCGGUUUAGUCGUUCUGGAGCUGUAAGUAUCCAUUCAUGCAAUGCAAUUACUAGCACAAGGCAGAACCUUUCUUCCAUUGUAUUGCUAAUUAAAAUUAGGCAAACAUACGACCAAAUUCUGAUCUGUGCCACUAGGACAGUUGUCGACAUUGGUUCCCGAAAUUUUGACAGAGUGAUGGUAUUUAUUGUCCGCUGAUAAUAUUUAUGUAUGAUCGCUCAUCUACAGGUGUUUGUUUAUUAUUUUAAGUUAAAUAACUGUUUGUGUGAAAUAACUUUAAGUAUUCUUAUAAUAAAAAGAUAAGAAUAUAUAAGAA